AUGCUGCUGUUUAUUUCAAAAGCCUUGAGAUUAUAUCGGCCAGUGAAACCAUCCCGAACCUUCUCCACAACAAAGAUACAAAACAUGUUGACAUCGGAGCUUUCCGACGUUGAGGUCUCGUCUCUGAGAGCAAACAAAGAACGCCUGGCACAAGAUCUUCAUCAUUCGUGCCAAUGGGGAUAUGGAAUCAGAUGGGGAAAUAAUCCAACAGAUACGGGAAUGCAGCGCCUUGCAUUGUCGGAAGAUGAUAAGAGUGUUCGGGAUUGGUUCAUUCAGACUACCAAAGAAUUGAACUGCAAUGUGACAGUGGACCAGAUGGGGAAUAUCUUUGCUGUUCGUCCUGGUCGCCGAGCAGAUGUGCCUGCCACCUUCAUCGGGAGUCACCUAGAUACCCAGCCAACCGGCGGGCGAUAUGAUGGAAUUUUAGGUGUUCUCGCGGGUAUUGAAGUUCUAAAGACGAUGAGAGACAUGGGUCUGGAGACAGAAGGGGGAGUCGGAGUUGUUAAUUGGACAAAUGAGGAGGGUGCUAGAUUCCCAGUCAGCAUGAUAUCCAGUGGCGUGUGGGCGGAAUGCAUAUCAUUAGAGCAUGCGCAUGGCCUCAAAGAGGUGCCAACUGUUGCCUCGCUGCCAACAGCAGCAUCAGCCCCCGAGACCAUGAAGAGUGCUCUGCAGAAGAUCAACUAUCUGGGAGAAACCCCGUGCUCAUACAAAUCGUCACCAAUGGCAGCUCACUUCGAGCUCCACAUCGAACAGGGCCCACACUUGGUGACGGCAGGCCAGCGCGUCGGCGUAGUGACAGCUGUGCAGGCCUACAGAUGGUUCAGACUGAACAUCAUAGGACGAGAUACCCACACUGGGACGACCGCUUUCGAGCACCGAGCAGACGCCCUGUACGCAUUUGCACGAAUGAUGGUGCGAGCACGCAAAGUCGCUGCUGCGAAGGGGUGUCUGGCGAGUGUGGGUAUUGUCGAAGCCAAGCCCGGUAGUGUCAAUACUGUCCCGGGCCUAGUGAGCUUCAGCUUGGAUAUUCGUGGCCCAGAGACAGAAUUGGUUGCCAGGGUUGAGCAAGAGUUGCGCGCUGACUUCGAUGAUAUUGCUGCCGCCGAGGGUGCGGGUAUAGGGAAACCUUGCCGAGUGGAGUGGACUCUUGACUUCGAUUCACCUGCCGUCAAGUUCCAUCAAGACUGCAUUGAUUGCGUCCAGGAGUCGGCAGAUGCAGUGGUCUCGGAUGCGCCUGUUGCAGAUACGAAAUCACUCGUCAGGCCGAUAAUGAGUGGUGCCGGACAUGACAGUGUGUUCACCUCGAAGCGUGUGCCAACGAGCAUGAUCUUUAUACCAUGCAAGGACGGUCUCAGUCAUCACCCGGAGGAGUUCUCGACUGCGGAGGAUUGUGCCACUGGUGUAUCCGUCAUUUUGCAGGCUGUGGUUCGGUAUGACCGGAGGAGAUUCGCAUGA